GCCGAUGAAGAGGAAGGAGGUCAGUCUGCGUGAGGAGGAGACAAGAGGGGUCGCUCCAUGAGAUCUUAGGACUACUUAUCUCUGCUUGUUGAGGACCCCGCCAUUCAGCAGGUGAACGCCGCGCCGUACCGCCAUUUUCUUGGCCUCAGUUCCCGGGAGCGGUGGUUUGUCUUCUCUCUGCAGCCAGGAUGGCUCGGGACAUGUCGGACAAAGAGAUCCUGAAGAUGGAGCUGGACCAGCUGAAGAAGGAAGUGAGCACCCCCAGGACGCCGGUGGGCGCUAACUGCGCCGAGACCAUUUCCUUCGUGGAGGCGCUGCUCCCCAACGACCCGCUCAUCAAGGGGGUCCCCGAUGACAAGAACCCCUACAAGGGGGACAAGGGGGGCUGCGUGGUCACAUAGCAGUUGAUCACCUACUGUACAAUGUCUGGAUGUCCAUUUGGAAUUAAAUAGUGUUCAAAAAAAAGUGCCCUGACUUAGUGUUCCUUGAUGGUUGUCAUGUGACGCACAAAGCAGGUUAAGCGCUUACUUUCACGUCUAAUAGGAUUUCUGUGCGGCGGCGACGUGUUGCCACGGCAACACGCUCCAUCUCAUUACAGACUUUUGGGGUCAGCCGUUACUGGGCUGGGUCUGUCGGGCACCAUGCAGGGCAUCAGCCCCACAUUCUAAAAUAUACUAUAAACAAAAGAAAACAUUAAAAAGUGGA